AUGAAGUAUCUGACCUACUACAACUUGUACGCGCUCUUUCCUUUCCACCACCUGCACGCCUUCCCUUCUCUUAAGCAACAGUCUCUGCGCCAUUCAGUUGGCCAUCCUCGUGCAAGGAUGAGCACGGUCUUCGUUCCGCAUACAGUAUCAGGCAUUCCCGCCUGUCGAAAGCGUCGACAUUCUCGUUCAAACCUAUCGUUACCGACCGACGAUGCAUCAAGGGCCCUAAAGCAGCAUCGCGGAUUCCCUUUACCACGAUUCUGGGACGGCUUGUCCAAGAUUGACCUUACCAAGAAUGCCCUGCGAGAGUUCAACAGGAGGAAUAGGCAGCAAGAUUGUGGAAACGCAGAGGUUACCCACACUCCCCACCUCCAGCAAGGCGAUUGUCAGCAAUCCCUAAAGACCGCUACCGACAAGAACGACUGCUCCGCGCCCGUUGAUCCUAUACUGAGACAGUGUUACUCGCCUUGCUCAAGAGAACUGAAAAGAUUCGCAGCUCAUGGCGGCCCAGACUUGAGUGACCUGAGAGGAGUAUGGGCACUUGACGAGAGUUUUAGUUGCGAUGCUAACUUUUGGCAGUAUUCCAUGCCAAGGGCCAAAACGAGUUCCUCCAUUCCGUCGGCUCUUGGACGUCGCAAGCCAGGCGCUCAGUUACCCGAGAAGAGCACUGAGAAAACAAUCACUUCGAGACGCACGGGGCCGUAUGACCUUUCAUUUCUGCAACAUCUACUCGACCAUGGCAUUUACCCCGAUUAUCAUUGGCAUUCCGAUGACCAGAUCGCACCGGAUCCCGAAAAUCUCGACGACAUCAUGCAUGCCCUAAGGCAACGCCGGGCCUCGUUGUCUUCAUCACAAUUCUCCGAUGACAAGCACAAGAAGUUUAAACGCACAAACGCCCAGGCAUCCAGGGAGAGUCAGGUCGUGGGAAAAGUCAUGCCUGUUAUUGAGGGCAAAAUUGAGGACACGGACUUCUUUGCUGACAAAGUUCCUUUCACCAACCUCGACGCUUUGACAGACGGCACACUCGUUUCGGCAAGUCCAGACCUUUAUUACGGCGCACGCCCUCGUCAACUGCAUCAAAGGGUACGGGAGGAGCUAUCUGGUCUUGUUGUCCCCUCCAAACAGGCCGAUCUCCCGGCAGCCCCGAACUUCUUUGUGGAAAUAAAGGGCAAAAAUGGAUCGCCAGCUGUAGCGGAACUACAGAUAUGCUACGGUAUGGCACUCGGAGAAAGGGGCCAAGCUGCUCUUCUUUCUUACCGGCAAACAUCCCCAGCCGACACCAAUCAAGCUCAUACCCUCGGCUGUACCUACUCGGAUGGAACCCUCAAGAUGUAUGCUACUUACAUACUGCAGCCAUCCAAGUCACAAACACGGCCUGAGUACAUCAUAAGGCAGAUUGACAGCUGGUGUUUGACAAGAGAUCCUACUUGCUUCAGAGAAGGCGCUACGGCGUAUCGGAAUGCCAGGGACUGGGCAAGGAGGAAACGAGAACAUGCAAUCUUGCAGGCCAAUGAAUCCUAUGAGGGAAGCUGA